AUGGGUCACUCCUACGGAAAGAGAGCGGGCACCCGCUAUGCCUUCAGCCGGCAGUUCCGCCAGAAGGGCAUGAUCGCCCUGAACACCUACCUCAGACAGUACCACGUCGGUGACAUCGUCGAUAUCCGAACCAACGGUGCCGUCCAGAAGGGUAUGCCCUACAAGGUCUACCACGGCAAGACUGGUGUCAUCUACAACGUCGCCAAGGCUGCCGUCGGCGUCAUCAUCUACAAGAAGGUCAAGCACCGCUACAUCGAGAAGCGAAUCAACAUCCGAAUCGAGCACAUCGCCCCCUCGCGAUCCCGAGAGGACUUCCUGAAGCGAGUGAAGGCGAACGCCGAGGCCAAGAAGCAGGCCAAGGCUGACGGCGUUGCCGUCUCCAUCAAGCGCCAGCCCCUCGGCCCCCGAGAGGCCCGCACCGUCUCUCUUACCGACAGCCCCCCCGAGACCGUCACCCCUCUUCCCUACGAGACUACUAUCUAA